AUGCGCAUCUGUGAGCUGAUGCCUGCGGUAGGAGAAAGCCACAGAAACCUUGCUACCAAACAAGAGAACCCAACCACAGGGGAAGAAGCUCCGCGGCAGCCCAACAGUAGCGACGCAGCAAACACGCUGGCGGAGUUUGCGAUUCACUUCCGAGGUUGGAAAGCUCCUCCUGGUCCAUCAGCGAUCGCUCAGAAGACCCUUGUGUCCUCAAAAAGACGGAAAGUUGGGGCUAACGUGUCCGACGACGGAGAGCAUGGUUCAGAGAUCCAUUCCGAGUGUGACUCUCACUUCAUCGUGCACUUGUUUGUUACAGCCAUCGCCGAAGGAAAGUUAGAACAGAGCUCCGUGAUCCCCAAGACUUGGGACGUUCUCCAGCAGGUCAUCACCAAAGUGUCAAAGGAGCAGAACACAACAGUCUCUGUUCGAGGAUCGACGAUGGACAUCAAGAUGAGAGUCUUCGUCUGCAAUUCGGUUGAGGCAAGAGCUGUCGGAGAGUAUGUCACCGCCCAUCCGGACCAACGACCUGCUCCCUUUGUCGUGCUCGCCCGCCAGCUCUCCAUGGCCAUCGCCUACAACUCCAAGUCUCUUGAUCCGACGCAGGCGGCAGUGGCCGACAGGCUGAGAAAGCAAGCGAAGACGCGAGCAGUGAAGGAGAUUCGCGAGGUCAUUCGCGACGCACAAACAGAAAUCACCUGCCCCAUCCUGCGAGGACACGCGGGAGCGCUGGCGCCUGCAAGGCUGAUCGAGGAGCAUCUCCUGGGUCGGACAGUGAAGGAGGACCUGGAGGGAGAUGGGGCGAGGAACUACAUUUUCUUCAACGCAAAGAACAGAUCCAAUUCCAAAGACGAGCUCUCGUCCUCACACGACCACCACCACGAAGAUGUUGCUCCGGUCUCCUCCUCUCGACGUCGCUCUCCUCCCGUGCCGUCCUCUGUGCUCCACCAUCGCUCUCGCGGAGACGAGGCGCGCGGGAACGUUGCGACCUCUCACUCGAGCGUGUCGAUCGACUUGGCAUCAAAAGGAGAAACUUCCCCGAGGAACAGCCGCAUUCAGGCCUUGCAGACUCCAGGGUCGCCGCUGUCUCCUGGAGGAAGAGACGGGGCUGCAGCGCUCCUCUCCCUCUUCAACUCGGUCUCAUCCCCGGAAUCUCCUCGACGACAAUCGGCAGAGCCCUGGGGGCAGGAGGAGGAGGCGGCGAACAAGGGGGGGUUGGAGCCAGUGAACCUAGUGAGCAAGCUGCAGUCCUCCAGCAAGCAACCGAAGCAUUCGCUCGCAGCUCAGGCGGCUGCAAACUUGCACUCCAUCACCCCGAAGUCUUCACCUCGAGACGAGGGGCGAUGGCUGGGGGAGAGCAGCAGCAGCCCAAGGAAGGCGACGCUAGUGAUCCCUGAGCCCUCCUACGACCUCAACCUCGUCAUUCGAUCUCCCAGCCUCAACCCCCGACUCGCCGGCGUGGGGAAGCACCUCGGGCUCUCACUGGAGGUGCCAGUGGGGAACCUGGAGGAAGGGUUUGAGCUGGCGGGGAUCAAGACGCCUCGCUCGGUGUACGGGAGCGGGAGCGGGAGCCUCUACGACGCGGUGAGGGCAGGAGAUCUGGAGGGUGUGAAGGCGAUGCUGGAAACCAAGGAAGGGAGGAAGAAAAUCAACGAGGCUGCCGACGAUGAGGAAGACGUAGCGAUCGAGCACUACAACUUCAUGCCCUCUGCCUCCGUUGAGAUUCUUGUAAACAAGAGCUGGAGAAAGGGCUCCAUCACAUCGAGAGAGGAGCCAGACCUUGUGGUUGUGCAGUACUUCGCGCAUGGCAUUGAGAGCAGCGACAACGUGCGGCAGGAGAAGCUGGCGGUGACGAGCAGCAAGCUGAGGGUGUCGGCGGAGUCGAGGAAGGGCUUCACCCCGCUCAUGUGCGCAUGCAUGCUCAAGGAUGGGAAGAAGGCGACGGAAAUCACGGGGGAGCUGCUGCUGCACGAUGCUGACAUCGACCUGGUUGACUCGGGCGGUUAUCGGGCGAUCCACUGGGCUGCCAUUGCAGGACACGCGGAAGUGAUAGAGCGAUUGAUCGCACGCAAGUCCAACGUGGACCAGCCGACGAGCUUGAGCAGCGACACUCCUUUCCUGCUGGCAGCCAGGUUUGGAGGUAUGGAGGCUGUAAGGACAUUAAUCGCUCAUGGUGCGUCGCUGCGUGCAAGAAACAAAGAAAGAGUUGGGAUCGUUGAAAUCCUCUCCCUUUUCCGAGGAAAAGACGGGAAGUCUCCACUCCCUGCCGCCGCUCUCUCCAUCUUCGAUCUUGUCUUCGAUCACGAUGCUCGUCUCAAGACUCUCGUCCUCUCGUCCCCUCUCUCAGGCCCUAGCAGAAAGCUCGACAAGCCAUCCCUGCUUGUCAAGGAGCUCGUGGAUUCGAUCUCUUCCUCGGAGACGCUCAGCCGUCGCUGCUUGCUCAAAGUACAUGGCGCGAAACCUUCCUCCGAUGUUAGAGGAUCACCCGAGUGGCUUCCGCUAGUGCAGCAUGCAGUGGACGAGGUCAUGACUGGAAACAGUCGGAACGCAUUCUGCCUGCUUGCUGGCUCAGAUCAGUCCCAAGAGGAUGAGCAGGCGAGCGAGAAGGAGGCGAAGAGCAUUUCGCUGUCAGCGGCGAUGCGGGUGGUGCUGCACGCGUGUGAGAAGCACGACGUGGCGAAGGUGGCGAUCAUCGACCUUGAUGGCAAGGAGGAUGCUCCUGCUAUCGCGCACGUUCGGCAGCUCAUUGGGAGGAAGAGCAGGAGGAAGGAGAGAGAUCUCCUCGUGUUCAUUCCCGACUCAAUCUCCUCCUCCUCUGAAGAGGAGAGGAGACAGGAUCUCUUCCUCAACGUCGUCCGCCCUUCCUUCAACCUUGUGCACAAGUCGAGCAAGAAGGAGGAGGCGAUGCAGGAGACUGUGUGGAGGAACUGCGUGCUCAGCAAACUCCUGCCCUGCCUGCGAGCGUUCUGCCCUGACCUCGUCGUGAUCUCGACGUCUCUCCUCCCCGUCGAACAGGAUUGCGAAAACUACGGAGAGCGCUUUGUGAGGCCAGAGGAGGAGCUGUUGUGGGGGGGGAUGGCAGGAGGAAAGGAAGGUGUCAGGAUGGGAGGACGGAGGAAGGGGAGGACGGAGAGAAAGGAGGGCGAGGACCCGAGCGUCUAUACGUGGAUAGCAAGAGAGUUGGGGAAGGUGGCGGGGAUAUGCAGCCGAGGCAGGAUCGUCAGCCUGCUGCUUCACUCGCAUCAGCUCGCGCAGGAGGUGAAGGAGGAGGCGAAGGCUCGACGAGUCGCCGCCUGCCUCGCCCACCUGGAAGCUCUCAUCGGCUGCUGA